ACGUCUUCCGUGAGCGGUCUCAAAGACCUCAACAUAACACACCACAGACACCGACAUGUUCCACGAGAUGCAUGAAGGACAAAUAGUAUAGACAAUGUGCAAUGGUGUGAGUGACGUUGUGACGGCCAGCUAUAUAAACCAUUCCCACAAACUGACCGUCACUUAGGAUUCUACUUCAUCCUGGGUGUUACCUUUAUCGUCAGAAUGGCUUUGGAAAAAACUCUCUGCCUUCUCCUGGUGGUUACUGGGGCAGCUGUAGCAUCAGGCUAUGGCGACCCUGGGAAGAAGAUGGUGUGCUACUUCACCAACUGGGCACAGAAUCGUCCAGGUGAAGGUGCCUUCCUUCCAAAAGACAUCAAUGGGAGUCUGUGCACACACAUUCACUACGCUUUUGCAAAACUAGACGAGAGUCUUGAAUUGGCACCCAGUGCUCCCGAUUCACUUCACGACAACCUUUACCAGAGUGUCGUCGAUAUAAAGAGAUUAUAUCCACAACUGAAGGUUUUGCUUUCUCUCGGAGGCUGGGGAAUGGGCACGGACACUUGGACGCGUAUGGUCAACGACGAUCUCACCAGGCGCAAUUUUAUCCAGAAAACCAUUCCGUUCCUGAGACAUUUUGGUUUCGAUGGUCUGGAUCUGGACUGGGAAUAUCCAGGAUCCCGGGGAAGUCCUGCGUCUGAUAAAUUUAUGUUUACCCUAUUGGUUCAGGAGCUGAGGAAUGCUUUUGACUAUGCUGGUUUCCCUCGCCUUCUCCUGUCGGCUGCUGUAGGGGCCAGCAAAUAUACUAUGGAUACAGCUUACGAAGUAAACAUUAUCUCCAGCAAUCUGGACUACGUUUUGCUCAUGAGCUACGACUACAACGGCGUCUGGAACCACAAAACUGGCCACUUGAGCCCACUGUACAGCCCAUCGCAGCCCGUUGGAGACGACAAAUAUAACAAUGUCGACUGGUCUGCUAGGGAGUGGGUCAAACGUGGAUGCCCCAGGGAGAAGCUGGUGAUAGGUAUUCCUACAUAUGGUCGCUCCUUUACCCUGGCGGAUCCCAAUAACAAUGGUAUCGGAGCCCCGAUCUCUGGCGCAGGAAAACCGGGACAGUUUACUGGCGAGGCUGGGAUCUUGUCUUACUAUGAGAUAUGUCAGCUGUACAGUGGCGGCCAGAUAAUCUAUGUGCAGGACCAGAAAGUUGUUUACAUGGUUCAGGGAGACCAGUGGGUGGGUUUUGAAAUCAAGUACACGGUCUCCGAAAAGGUGGACUAUAUCCUCCAAGGAGGAUUUGCUGGUGCUAUGGUUUGGGAUUUUGACCUCGAUGACUUUUCGGGCAGGUUUUGCGGGGAUGGAAGGUACCCGCUCAUAGAGCAUAUCAGUAACAAGCUUCAAAACACUUUUCGAUGGUGACAGGUUCUUUCUUUUCUCUGAAGAUGACCUACUGGAAAAUGUCUUCAUGGAAUGUCUCUUUCCGAAAAUAAAAAAACACAUUGUAUGACCUA